AUGGAUGACUUCUCACUGCAAGAAGAGCUCGAAGCCCUCGCGGGCAACGCUUUUGAUUCUGUAGCAAACCCAGACUGCCGACCAGAACCCAUGAAAGACACGGUUGCACGAUGGCAGAAGCUGUUCAAACUCCCUCAAGACACAGCCGUGGAACUCAUCAUGACCCAUCGAAACAAUCUGACCCGCACCCGUGUCUCUGACGAUCUGUGGGAUACUAUUCGUGUGGAAAAGGAAUCUCACGGAUACGACCGUGAGGCCUACGAGUAUGAACUUGACCUUCAGAAGAAGAAGGCCGUACUUCCAAACCUUGUCCCAUCUAUAGACAACUCGGAAAGUACAACCACCUACCUGGUUGAGCUAUCUGGUGCUUUGGAGACCGUCGAAGAUGUUCAACGAGCCGCUGGGCUUGACUUGCCACCGCCUGUAGUCAGUGGGGAGAGCGUUGAAGAUGGGCGGCCAGUGUCGCUGUGCUGUGUGGACAGUGCUGCCAAGUUGAAGAUUCUUCAUUGGGCGAGUACCGAGGGUGGGGGAUUUGAGCCUACUAUUCUGGUAGAUCCUAGAUCUGUGCGUUGA